GUCGAAAACCCGGUCAGGCCGCUGCUGGAGGAGAGAGCAGCUGCUCACCGGAUACCGGACAGACCGGGAGGGGAGGGAUUUGGGAGUGCGCACCGGACGCAGCAGGAUAUGGGUGGAGAGAGGCUCGCGCUGCUGGUUGAUGACCUUCCUUGUCUCCUCUCUAGGAACUGAAGGGCAGCCAUGGAGGACAAGAACGUGGAGACGGACAGGGUGAAGACGGAGCCUCCUGAGUUCAUGCCUGACCAGGAGAUGCAGCUGCAGGAACAGCUCAAGUGUGAACCCCAGACCGACGGGGGCGGCGCCGUGCUGGCGGGGCCCAUGGACUGCCUGACGGAAUACAACUUAGGGACCCAGUUGACCGUGGAGCAGGAGAUCCAGAUCGGGGACGGCGCGCCUCCAUGUCUGGACUACAACAUGAGCUACAGGAAGGGCCCCAAGCCGAGGCAGCGCAGGUUGUCGGGAGAGCGGCAUUUCAGCUGCGGGAAAUGCGCCAAGAGCUUCCUGCGCGGCACCGACCUGGCCAAGCACGAGAAGUCCCACGCGGACGAGCGCACCUUCAGCUGCAACAUAUGCGGGAAGAGCUUCCGCAGACACACGUCCCUCCUCAUCCACGCGCGGAUCCACACCGGCGAGCGGCCCUACCAGUGCGCCCAGUGCGGCAAGAGCUUCGUCCAGCGGCAGCACCUCACCACCCACCAGAGGACUCACACCGGCGAGAAGCCCUUCCAGUGCAUCGAGUGCGGCAAGGGCUUCCGCUGGAGGUCGGAGCUGCUCAAACACCAGAAGGUCCACGCCGACAAGCCUGCGGUGGGAUUUGACGACCUGGCGUCGUCUUUCUCCAAGGAGGAGUGGAUGGAGUUGGAGGAAUGGCAGAAGGAGCUCUACCGAAACGUCAUGAAAGAGACCUCCGAGACCUUAAUAUCUCUUGGAGAAGGCUUGGUGGAGAAGGCCAUCGGUGAGAAGAACGUGGAUGGUCUGGACUGCGCUGCCAACUUAUCUGCGGACUGCGCCGGUAAUUUGCCCCUCUGUCCGGAGGGCGCAGUGGCCUGUAGCAACCAGCUGGGCGGAGGGGAAGGUCAGCCGGCGGAAGGGAAAGCCGCGGCAUUUACUGAGGGGGUGGACAAGAUCCGCAUGAAAUUUCUAGACCGUUCUUGCAUCUCCAAGGCGGAGCGGGCGCACGCGUGUGCCGAGUGCGACAAGGUCUUCUACAACAAGCGGACGCUGAAGGCCCACCUGCGGGCUCACCUCGGGGAGCGCUCCUACAUCUGCAACGUGUGCGGCAAGUGCUUCCGGAGACACACGUCCCUCCUCAUCCACGAGCGCAUCCACACCGGCGAGCGGCCCUACCAGUGCGCCCAGUGCGGCAAGAGCUUCGUCCAGCGGCAGCACCUCAACACCCACCAAAAAACCCACACGGGCGAGAAGCCCUUCCAGUGCCUCGAGUGCGGCAAGGGCUUCCGCUGGAGGUCGGAGCUGCUCAAACACCAGAAGGUCCACGAGGAGGAGGUAGCAGACGUCUCCAUAAAGGAAGAAGGCGGAGAUUACGCAGCCGGUGAGAAUGGCGAACUCUGUGAGAGCGCAGGAGGGGAAGAUUCCAAACCCCUCGCCAAAGCCCCCCAGAACACGGGCAAAUGUGCCAACAAACGACCCCGCGCCACAGGCCAUCCCUGCGCCCCCAAAGCCGACAAGGCGCACGCGUGUGCCGAGUGCGACAAGGUCUUCUACAACAAGCGGACGCUGAAGGCCCACCUGCGGGCUCACCUCGGGGAGCGCUCCUACAUCUGCAACGUGUGCGGCAAGUGCUUCCGGAGACAUACGGCCCUCCUCAUCCACGAGCGCAUCCACACCGGCGAGCGGCCCUACAAGUGCCUGCAGUGCGGCAAGAGCUUCGUCCAGCAGCAGCACCUCACCACCCACAAGAAGACGCACACCGGCGAGAAGCCCUUCCCCUGCGGCUUGUGCGGGAACAGUUACCGCUGGAGGUCGGAGCUGGCCAAACACCAGAAGGUCCAUGAAGAGGAGAACUUGGCAAACGGCUCUGAAGAUGGAAAGUCAGAGGCCUCGGGUAGAAAGCGCCGGUACCGGCAUGUGGAGAAAGCGGCCAUGGGCGCCCUCGAGAGGGGCAAAGCGCUGGGGAAGAGGGCGAGACUGCUCCUGCGGCAGCGGGCACAGAAAGGAGAGCGCACCCAUUCCUGCCCGGAGUGCGGCAAGAAUUUUAUCAACAAGAGGACGCUUCGCACCCACCAGCGGGUCCACACGGACGAGCGCUCCUACAUCUGCAACGUGUGCGGCAAGAGCUUCCGCAGGCACACGUCGCUCCUCAUCCACGAGCGCAUCCACACCGGCGAGCGGCCCUACCAGUGCGCCCAGUGCGGCAAGAGCUUCGUCCAGCGCCAGCACCUCACCACCCACCUGAAGACGCACACCGGCGAGAAGCCCUUCCAGUGCGCCGCGUGCGGGAAGGGGUACCGGUGGCGCUCCGAGCUGCUCAAACACCAGAAGGUGCACAGCGAGGAGAGUCUGUUGGCCGGAGCGGACCCCACGUGUAAGACUGAAAAGGGGAAUUUCCUGGAUGACGACUGGAAGGCGAUUAAUGGAGUUCACGCGCCGCUGGACGUGGACUCACGUGGACCCGCGGGUCAGAGCGAUGGUCCUGCGCUCGCCGGGCCGGAGCGGCUCCUCCCGUGCACGCAGUGCGAGAAGACGUUCCUGCGCGGCUCUGACCUGGUCAGGCACCAGAGGACCCACCUGGGCGAGAGACCGUACGUCUGCAACCAGUGCGGCAAGUGCUUCCGGCGGAACACGUCGCUCCUCAUCCACGAGCGCAUCCACACCGGCGAGAGGCCCUACCAGUGCGCCCAGUGCGGCAAGAGCUUCGUCCAGCGCCAGCACCUCACCACCCACCUGAAGACGCACACCGGCGAGAAGCCCUUCCCCUGCAACAUCUGCGGCAAGAGCUACCGAUGGAGGUCGGAGCUGGCCAAACACCAGCGCGUGCACGGCGGCGAGAGCGCCGUGACCUUCGAGGACGUGGCCGUGUGCUUCUCCGAGGACUGGAAAGAUUUGGAGGAAUGGCAGAAGGAGCUGUACCGGAACAUGAUGAAGGAGAGCGCGGAUUCGCCCGUAUCCCUGGGCGACGUUUGGAUUCAUAAGAACGGGAAGGAGCCGGGAAGGAAUCCCGAGGAGCAGGAGGCCUCCGAGUCCAAAGACAAUCGUCUGGGCGCUGGCCCCGGCGCAGGCGUGGACAUUCCUCUGCGGGACUUCUCCGGCAAUCACCUCCCGGGAGAGGAACCUCACACCUCGGCCGACGGCCUCCGAGGCUUCCGGAACAGCCUGCCUUUCCUGGAGCAGCGCCGGCUCCCGCGCGAAAAGCUCUUCUCGUGCAGCGAGUGCGAGAAACGUUUCGCCCGCAGCUCGGAUCUCCUGAAACACCAGCGAAGCCACCAGGCCGUCGAAAAGCCCAACCUCUGCAACGAAUGCGGGAAGGUAUUCCGCCGGCGCACGGCGCUCAUCAUCCACAAGCGCAUUCACACGGGCGAGCGGCCCUACAAAUGCAAGCAAUGCGGCAAGAGCUUCGUGCAGCGGCAGCACCUCACCACCCACGUGAAAACUCACACCGGGGAGAGGCCCUAUCCCUGCAACCUGUGCGGGAAGAGCUACCGAUGGCGGUCAGAGCUGCUGAAGCAUCAGAAGGUCCACGGCGAGAUGCUGCCGGCCCCGGCGGGGUUCGCACAAAGCUGAGAGC